CCGCCCAUCCGUAAAAACUGCAGAGAGUCGCUUGCCCGUUUGGGGGCUCUCCUGGCUUGUUACGAGGCUCCAGGACCUCGAGCACAGUACGGUUAUUGCUUCAAGGAAGCAAUUAAAGGCAACAUGGCCGCGUCCGUCUGCAAGGUGCUGGUCAACCAGGCGUUGAGAUCUCUCUGCUCUCCCGGAGGAAGGAGGAUCCUGGUCAGAAACUUUCAGACAGAAAAUAAUGAUUCAACACGCCUUGAACCCUCCUCAGCUAAAACAUUAAUGGACAUAGGAAUUAGAAGGAUCUUUUCUUCAGACCAUGACAUCUUCCGGCAAAGUGUGAAAAAAUUCUUCCAGGAAGCUGUGGUACCAUAUCAUGCAGAAUGGGAAAAAGCUGGUCAAGUAAGCAGAGAGCUCUGGGAAAAAGCCGGACAGCAGGGGUUGCUUGGUAUCAAUAUAUCAGAAGAAAAUGGAGGCAUCGGAGGGGAUCUGUUCUCUUCAGCAAUCGUUUGGGAAGAGCAGAUGUAUGCUAAUUGUACAGGCCCAGGAUUUAGUCUUCAUUCUGAUAUUGUCAUGCCUUAUAUAGCAAACUAUGGCUCAAAAGAGCAGAUUGAAAGGUUCAUUCCAGAAAUGGCAGCAGGCAGAUGUAUUGGUGCAAUAGCUAUGACAGAACCUGGGGCUGGAAGUGAUUUGCAGGGUGUGAAAACAUUUGCAAAAAAGGAUGGCAGUGAUUGGAUUCUAAAUGGCAGCAAGGUAUUUAUUACGAAUGGCUGGAUGUCUGAUUUGGUUAUUGUUGUGGCUGUUACAAACCGUGAGUCCCGUUCCCCUGCUCAUGGAAUUAGCCUCUUCCUAGUAGAAAACGGUAUGAAAGGCUUUGUCAAAGGACGUAAGCUUGAAAAAAUAGGACUUAAAGCACAGGACACGGCUGAGCUAUUUUUUGAAGAUGUCCGCUUGCCUGCCAGUGCGCUACUUGGCCAGGAGAACAAAGGCUUCUAUUAUCUAAUGUCAGAGCUUCCUCAGGAAAGGCUCGUGAUCGGUGAUAUAGCAAUUUCUAGCUGUGAAUUCAUGUUUGAAGAAACAAGAAACUAUGUUAAACAACGAAAAGCUUUUGGGAAAACAAUUUCACAUUUACAGACUGUGCAACACAAGUUAGCAGAAUUGAAAACACAGAUUUGUGUUGGUCGGACAUUUUUGGAUAAUUGUAUUGAUCUUCAUUCACGGAAAUGCCUGGAUUCUGCUACUGCUUCAAUGGCCAAAUACUGGGCUUCUGAUCUCCAAAACAAUGUGGCUACUCAGUGUCUACAGCUUCAUGGAGGAUGGGGAUAUAUGUGGGAAUACCCAAUUGCAAAAUCUUUUGUGGAUUCUCGUGUUCAGCCAAUUUAUGGUGGUACCAAUGAAAUAAUGAAAGAGCUCAUUGCAAGAGAUAUUGUAAGCAACAAUUAGAUGCAGUUCCAUUUUAUCUGAUAGAAAACUAAAUUUCAUGAAAACAAAAUCCCAGCAUAUGACUAAUGGAAGAAAUGGCAUAAUCUUUUAAAAGUUUUAAAGCAUGAAUAACAAAAACUGUUUCUCAGGUUGACCUUGAAUGUUCAGUAUUAAAUCACUGAUGAUAUAAAUUCAUAUUGAACAAUG